GCUCGCGCGCCCUGCCCGGCUCCCCCGUGAUCCCCGGCCCGCGCGCCCUGCCCGGCUCCCCCGUGCUCCCCGGCUCGCGCGCCCUGCCCGGCUCCCCCGUGAUCCCCGGCCCGUGCGCCCUGCCCGGCUCCCUGCCCAGCUCCCCGGCCCGUGCUCCCAGACCCGUGCGCCCUGCCCGGCUCCCCUGUGCGCCCUGCCAGGCUGCCCCGCGCGCCCUGCUCAGUUCCCCGGCCCGUGCGCCCUGCCAGGCUCCUCCGCGCUCGCUGUCCAGCUCCCCGGCUCGUGCUCCCUGCCCGGUUCUUCGUGCUCCCUGCCCGGCUCCCCCGCGCUUCCCGGCUCGUGCCCCCCGCCCGGCUCCCCCGCGCGCCCUGCUCGCCUCCCCAGCGCGCCCCGGCCCGCGCCCGCCGCCGACAUGCCGCGCCCGCUGCUGCUCGCCGCGCUCUGCCUGCUGGCCGCGGCCCGGGGCUGCCAGCUGCCGUCCGAGUGGAGACCGCUGAGCGAGGGCUGCCGCGCCGAGCUGGCGGAGAUCAUCGUGUACGCCAAGGUGCUGGCGCUGCACCCCGAGGACCACGGCCUCUCCAACUCCCUGCCCUGGCAGCUCGGGGCCAGCCAGGCCGGCCUCCUUUACGCGGCCGAAGUGGAGCUGCUGUGCGACCAGGCGUGGGGCAGCAUGCUCGAGGUGCCCGCCGGCUCCCGCCUCAACCUCACGGGCCUCGGCUACUUCUCGUGCCACUCGCACACCGUGGUGCCCGACGCCGCCUACUUCUUCUUCCUCAGGAUGGAUGAAAAUUAUAACCUCUUGCCUCACGGUGUCAAUUUCCAAGAUGCCAUUUUCCCCGACACUCAAGAGAACAGAAGGAUGUUUUCCAGCCUUUUCCAGUUCUCCAACUGUUCCCAAGGGCAGCAGCUGGCACCCUUCUCCAGUGACUGGGAGACCCAGGAGGACACCAGGCUCCUGUGCGCGUCGGUGCAGAAGGCCCUGCUGGACGAGGAGGAGCACGUGCGGACGCUGCAGCGCCAGGUGGCCGCGCUGGAGGAGCGCAACCGGCAGCUGCGCGAGCGCGUGCACAGGGCGAAGCGCGCGCUGCGCCGGGCCCGCAAGCACGGCCGCCACGCGGCGCUGCUGAGCCAGAAGCUGCGGGAGAAGCUGGCGGCCGCGCGCGCCCCCUACCUGCGGGGCUAGGCACGGCCGCCGCCCGCACCCGGGAGGGCCCUGAUGGGGAGCACGUCAGGGGGGCGCAGCUGCCUGCUCCCAGGACGGCAGUGCCCCUUCUGCUCCAGCACCGGUGGUCUCCAGCAAGUCCCGCACUCCCGGCCCCAGCUUGGCCCCCGCCCGGCGGGACAGGCCCCGGGUGCCCGGGUGCCCAGUGCCCGUCAGGAAGCCUCUCCCGCCAGCCUUCCCCGCGGCAGGGCAGAGUGCACGUGGCUCCUCCGGGUGGCGGGCACAGGCCAUUGAACUAGACGCCUGGGGUGCGAGCUGGACCACCUGUGGCUUCCUGCCUUUCCAAUCCUGCACCCACUGGCCCUCGGGGCUGGGCCGUGUGCAGAGACACCUCCUUACCCUCUGGCACAGGGACCUGACUUCCUGCCCAUCGGGCGUUUCUGUCUCUGCGCCUUAUGCAAACGCUUCCCACCACCUCCACACAACCAAAGGCCGGGAAAGGAACCCCGGGCACAUUCCUGCUGCCCGCAGACCUCCACCCUGGGGGUCCCGAGAGCCUCCCUCCCGCUGGCCGGUGGCAGCUGGCCGUCACACUGCAGUGCCGUGCCCAGUCACAAAGCCUCAUCCCGGCACCGCACAAGUCCCACCCCGGAGGGCCAGAGUGACGACUCCCGAGGGCACGUGCUCCCAGGCUCCUGCCACCCUCCCUCGCCCGUUCUGCCCUCGACAGCUCACUUGCACACUCGCCAGCUGCUGCUCCCGACAGCCCGCUCUUGCCCCAGCAGGAGCCCAGCCACUGAGUCCGGGACGCUCGGCACAGACGCCUCUGUCCCAGCUCUCCAAUAAACAC